AACUUAAUAUAUUUUACUCUUCUAUAUUGUCAAAGGUAAUAUACUCUUAUUCUAGUACUACUCUUUAAGCUAGUGCCUAUAAAUAUAUGAGAGAGCUAGCCUUCUCAUAUCCUCAUCAAUCAAAUUCCAAAUAUUUUCAUUAAACCAUACUCUGACCAAGUCUCUCUUUAUUAUUUUCUCUCUUCUAAUUAAUUACUAUUCAUAUUCAUUAAUAUUCUCACAUCUUCUUCAAUUCUUUUAAAAACCCAAUUAAGAUUUUUGUACCACUAUGAUGAUGAUGAAGAACAACAAUAAUAAUUUGUUGUCUAAGAUUGCAAGUGGUAAUGGGCAUGGAGAAGAGUCUCCAUAUUUUGAUGGUUGGAAAGCUUAUGAUAGUGAUCCUUUUCACACAACAAAUAAUCCUCAUGGAGUUAUUCAGAUGGGAUUGGCUGAAAAUCAAUUAUCAUUUGAUUUGGUUAGAGAUUGGGUCAAGAGAAAUCAAAGUGCUUCAAUUUGUACAAUUGAAGGAGUUGAUGAGUUUAAAGACAUAGCCAUUUUUCAAGAUUAUCAUGGUCUACCUGAGUUUAGAAAUGCUGUGGCUAAUUUUAUGGAGAAAGUAAGAGGAAACAAGGCGAGUUUCGACCCGAACCGCAUUGUUAUGAGUGGCGGAGCAACCGGGGCUCAUGAGACUGUUGCCUUUUGUUUGGCUAAUCCUGGUGAAGCUUUUCUAGUUCCUAUUCCUUAUUAUCCAGGAUUUGAUAGAGACUUGAGGUGGAGAACAGGAGUACAACUUCUUCCUAUUCAUUGUGAAAGCUCAAAUGGUUUUAAAGUGACAAGAGAAGCCAUGGAAAAAGCCUAUGAGAAAGCUCAAGAGGAUAACAUAAGAGUAAAAGGAAUGUUAAUCACCAAUCCAUCAAACCCUUUAGGCACAAUUCUUGAUAGAGACACACUAAGAACAAUAGUGAGAUUCAUCAAUGAGAAGAAUAUUCAUCUAAUCGCCGACGAAAUCUAUGCUGCAACGGUCUUUAGCAAGCCAAGUUUUGUUAGCAUUUCGGAGAUCAUAGAGGAAGAGGAACAAAACAAGAUUGAGUGUAACAAAGAUCUCAUUCACAUCAUCUAUAGCCUCUCAAAAGACAUGGGGUUCCCGGGAUUUCGAGUGGGAAUUAUUUACUCUUACAACGAUGAAGUAGUAAAUUGUGCGCGAAAAAUGUCCAGUUUUGGCUUAGUUUCAACACAAACACAACAUCUGAUAGCAGCGAUGUUAUCAGAUGAUGUGUUUGUGAAUAAUUUUUUGAGUGAGAGCGCGAGGAGAUUGGCCAUAAGGCACAAACUCUUUACAAAUGGACUUAGCCAAGUUGGAAUUGAGUGCUUGCAAAGCAAUGCAGGAUUGUUUUUAUGGAUGGAUUUGCAUAAGCUUUUGAAGAAUCAAACAAACGAAGCCGAAAUGGAGCUUUGGAGGGUUAUAAUUCAUGAUGUUAAGCUCAAUGUUUCCCCCGGUUCUUCGUUCCAUUGCCCUGAACCAGGAUGGUUCAGGGUUUGCAUCGCUAACAUGGAUGAUCACACCAUGAAAGUUGCUUUGACAAGGAUUAGAAGCUUUGUGAUGAAGAACAAGGAGUUAACUCUUGUGGUGCCAAACAAGAAGAAGUGUUGGCAAUCAGAUUUGAAACUCAGGCUUAGCUUGAGUAGAAGUAGAAGAUUUGAACAUGAUUUCAUGAUGUCUCCUCACUCACCUAUGCCACAUUCUCCUUUGGUUCAAGCAAGGAAUUGAUUAAUUAGGUAUCAACAUCUUCUGUCCAAUUUUUAACAAAAUAAAUCUCUAUGUACUUUAUCACACAAUUAAAAUCAAAUUUCUCUGUAUAAUUUCGACAUCUCAAUUAAACCUUCAUGUGCGGUUAAUAAAUUGAGAUGCCUAAAUUAGAUUGAGAAAAUUGAAAUUAAUUAAAUGAUUAAGUAUAUAGAUCUAUAUUAUACUUAAUCACUUAUUAAUCACAACUACUUAAUGAAUUGAUAAUAAUUAAUACCAACUACAAGAUGAAUAAAGAUCAAUUGUCCAACUCAUAAAAUUUGGACACCCAAAAUUGGACAGAGGAUUUUUUUUUUUCAUUAAGAAUAAUACAGAUUCAUUAAGUAGUUGGUAUUAAUCAAUAAUUAAUUAUAAAGAUUUAUGAAGUGGUUGGGACUACUAAUUAAGUGAUCAUCAAUUAUAUAGAUUUAGUUGUUUAAUUUUUCUAGUUAUUAUUAAGUAUAUAAAGUCGACAAAUUGUACAACUACCAAUGUUUUUUGUUUCAAUAUUAUUAUUUUUCCUUUUUCACAUAAACCAAAUGUGAGUGAAAAAGGUGUGUAACGAUUUAUUGUGAUAUAAUGUUUAUGGGAAAUAAUUUAUUUGUUCGUUUGCA